CAAGAAACGUUUCAAGGCCGUGCCCGCCUGUAGUCCCAGCCAGCGUGAUAAGGUAUUGUACUAAUAUUAGAUCUGCCACUUCCGCAGUGCAACAUAGUCACGUUAUCAGUUGAUUGUUCGACAUGGCGACAAACGGAUUGAUUGUCCUUCUCUGCUUGCUGUCUUACGCGGCGGCCCAGCGGUGGCGCAGUGACGGUCGCUGCGGGCCGAAUUACCCCGCCCCGAGCGCCAACCCCGGAGAAUGUAACCCUAACUCUGCGGACCCCUGCUGCUCCGCGUGGGGCUGGUGUGGGCAUGAGAGCGGUCACUGUGACUGCUCUACCUGUGCGGAUUACUCAGGUACGGCGGGUGGUUCCGUCCCGUCCGGAAGCCUGUCUGGCAGCUGCCCCCGGAUCGUGAGCCGGGCGGAGUGGGGUGCGCGGUACAGCAGCUGGGUCCAGUACAUCAGCCGGCCCGUCCCCAAGGUCGUGAUCCACCACUCCACAGGUGGUACGUGCAGCGAUCAGGCCGCCUGCUCCGCCAAGGUCCGCGGCUUCCAGAACUAUCACAUGGACUCCAACGGUUGGGGAGAUAUCGGCUACAACUUCCUGGUCGGUAACGAUGGCAACGUGUACGAAGGGCGUGGCUGGGACCAGGUGGGCGCGCAUGCGUAUGGGCAGAAUUCCGUGUCCAUCGGGAUUUGCUUCAUCGGAGAAUUCACCAAUCAGAAGCCAAACUCCGCCGCCAUCACCGCGGCUAAGAGCCUCAUCUCCUGUGGGAUCUCUCUUGGUAAGAUCAGCUCGUCCUACUCCCUGUACGGACAUCGUGACGUGGGCUCCACAGCCUGCCCUGGGAACCAGCUUUAUGCCGACAUCAAGACCUGGGGACGAUACGUUGGUUGAAUACCAGAAUUGAAGAAACGAGUGACGAGAAGCAAUGUGACAAUUUUCAGAUAGCUUGGAAACGAAUAAUUUUAACUGUUGAAUAAAUUUAUGAUACCAUGGAUGAUAUACACUUGUGGGAAAUGAUUUUCUGAUGUAAGCCGUCGUCUGCACACGAUGACGUAUUAAACAGCCGCCGAGCUGAUUGGUUGAACUUUGGAGAGCAUGUGUACGUAACGUUACAUGUUUACGGGGGCGAUAUUUAGACAAAUAAUAAUGGAACAAUUUUGAAAUCGUCCGCUUUUCUUAUGCCAUUUUGUUUCCCAAUCACAGCAUUCGCUUUGGUCACUCAGACUAUCAGCUCCUUGAAAUUUGAAACCCAUCCUUACGUCACGCCGUAGUAAUUUUCCGUCUUUGGUUCUCCUAGCAGAUUUUUCUGGAAGUACAGAGACUUUUCUUCUGGAAGUUCGAGUCGUUAGAAGCCAGUACUUGGUAUUAACGGGCUAACUUGUCAACGUUUAGUGGGCCAGGUGUUUGUCCUCCAUACCACAGUAACGCUAGCUGACAGCCACGCUAACAGCUGACUGGGGAAAACACUUAUACAGGCAAUACAUCAAUACAGCCAUCACCUACCUGAAACAUGUACAGGUAUUUCGGCAAUGUGAUUUUUUAUUGUAAUUCACAUAUCAUAUAAAUUAGGUGACUUCCAUAGUUGUUAAACAUAUUGCAUAGAUGUAAGAUUACUUGGCAAAGGUAUGAGUUCAUGGAACUCUACUUUGUUCUGUGCGUGAGAGAAUGAACUACGGUGCAUACAUGAAUGGUACAGCGGUGUUUCGGACGCUGGGUGCUCCCACGGUCUGUGAAAGUGAAACUUACUUCAUGUUUGUGGGGCUUUAUGGACGUCACUGACUGCAACCUUUAAUACAGAAGAAAAACGGGAGGCCUUUGGAUAUAGAACCUUAUAUGCACUAGAUAGAGCAAUUGCAAUCAAUAUAUUGGAACGAUUUUGUUUGUAAAAUAACCCAAGGUCAGCCCUAUGCAAAUGUCUCUGUGAACUUGUCAACCGUUGACUGGUCACGUGAUCGAAAGCCUUUUGUUCAUUACGUGUGUGUGUGUGUGUGUGCGUCGUGUUCAAACGAUUCUUUUGUGUUGUAUCCGUAAGCGUAAACAACAGCGGAAGACUUCCUCAUUUCUACAACAAGUCCUGAGUCGCUAUUAAAAUAUUGCGCCGUUACGUCGAUGUGGAGGCAAUUUUGAAAGCCCAUAAGUAAGGACACACUUCACAGCAGUCUUCACCCGGAAGAUUAACCGUUUGGCUUGUGUCGGCGGCUGUAACAUUGGUCAGGUCGUCGCCAUCUUGUUACUGCUCUGCAGUGCGAAAGUGACAGGGGGCCAGAUCCACGUCACAGUCGGACUGGAACAACUCAGUGUCCGUCCCGGCGGUUCGGUCAUCCUCCCCUGUAACUACUCCGUCCCAUCCGACGAUGUCCGGCCACUGGUCAGCUGGUGGAAGGACAGAGGACCCGUACUGACCAGACGGAUCGUGUACGAGCACCAGGAGGGACGGUUCAGUAAGGGGAAUGAUGAGUGGGUGGGGAGGACGGCCCUCCUCAGACAGGCGUCCCUACAGAUGUCCAACCUGACGACUAACGACACAGGGAAGUACGAGUGUGAGAUCAGGGUUCCUCUCAAGUACGGGGCAGCACGGGGAUUCAUCAACCUGGACGUUAGAG